GCGACGAACUAAAAACUCGAAAAAAACUGCUAGAAAAUUUUCCAGUAGAAAUUUAAGAAAGUCGAGAGGAAGAUCAAGGGAUUUCUCGCAAGUGGUAGUCGAAUCUUCUUAAUUGAGAUAUAAUAUACAUUUCUGCAGCAUCAGCAACAUGGCAAUGACAUUGCAAAAUGGCGGUGUUCUUCAGGAUGAGAAUCACAAUGUUCACUAUAAUGGACCCUCCGGUGCAGGGAAGGGUAAUGCCAUGAAUUCACAAAGAAAAAGUGGGGUUAGUGGGCGAAAGCCCCUUGGCGAUCUAUCAAAUUCAAGAAAGCCAGUCUUAAACCAGUCAUUAAAAUGGCAGAACACAAAGAAUCUCACGUUUCUUGAUGAAGAAAAUUGUGUAGGAAAAAAGAAAAACACACUGAAGGGCUCUGAGAGAGUACAGAAGGGUACUCGAAAAGCCCUUUCAGAUAUUUCAAACUCUGGAAAGCCAAAUCUUCAAGAGGCCUCAAAGAAGAAGCAGAACCUGAAGUUGAGCACUGUAAGAGAAGAAUUGAUCCAUCAGGAGCGCUUCCUGCACAAUCAUCAAGAGUGCAUUAAAGCAAGAAAGUGCGCUGUGGAGAAGGAUCAAUUUCUAAGCAUCGUUGGACUUGAUCUCCCCAAGGAGUUGAAGAUGGAUAGAAAGCCUGAUAGUCCAUUGAAGCUGAAGGAGAUGGCGGAAUUGGAGAUUUUCGAUCAAUCUCCGAAGAAGUUGUGUCUGUUUGGAAGGGGAAGGCUUGACUCAUCACCGCCUUGCAAGUCCCCAAAAUCACCUUCAGUGGAUACCUUUUCACUCUGGAAGGACAGUGACAGUAUUAAUUUCACGUUGAUAAAGACCCCAUAAGCCGACCCCCCUGAGCUUUCAUCUGGAAUGGAGAAAGGUUGGUGGCAAACGUUCACUGCUUUGAUUGAGAUGAAGAUUAUAGAAUUCUCUCUUUUGGAAAGAUUGUAGAUUUUAGGAAAUAUUGUAUUUGAAAUGUUUUUGUUGUGUGUUUUGAUUGAGAUGAAGAAGAUUAUCAUCAUCUCAAAUAUUCUUUCUUGAUGAAGGUCAUCUGGAAAGAUUGUAAUGGAACACGAUCUUUGUUUUUGACUGGAGAUGAAGGCUGUUUUCAUCUUAUAGAUUCUAAUAUAUGUUCCUUUUGGCUUAGUUCUG